AUGUAUAAAUACAGUGUGUUUUAUUUAUUAUUUGCAGUAACAGUCCUGCAAAAUGCUUUCGCAUUAAAAGAAGGCGAAUGCGAAGUUUGUAUUAAAACUGUAGACAAAUUUGCAGCCACGUUAUCAGAUAAUGUAAAAAAGGACCCCAAGUUGAUAGAAGCCGAAUUCAAAAAGUUUUGUAAAGGAUCGAAGAAUAAAGAAAAUCGGUUUUGCUACUAUUUAGGUGGUCUAGAAGAAUCCGCCACCGGCAUUUUGGGUGAACUAUCGAAACCCCUAAGUUGGUCUAUGCCAAGUAAUAAAAUCUGUGAAAAGCUCAAGAAGAAAGAUGCUCAAAUCUGCGAUCUGCGUUUCGAGAAGCAGAUCGACUUGAACAACGUUGAUUUAAAAAAAUUAAAGGUCAGAGAUCUUAAGAAGAUUCUUAACGACUGGGACGAGAACUGUGAGGGUUGUAUUGAAAAAACUGAUUUCAUCAAGAGAAUAGAAGAGCUGAAACCUAAGUACAUGGGAAGAUCUGAAUUGUAA